GGUGGGGCUGCCACUGCUGCCUCCACCCUGCCACCGACCCGAGUUCAGCUGCUGCUGCUGCUGCUGCUGCUUUGCCAGUGGCAGAGUCCCUGUGCGCUGUAACCUCGGCAUCCUCGGAGCAUCCAGCAGCUACCAGGCACUUGCAGCCUUCUCAUGAAUGUCUUUCUUUACCUCCAAGUGUCUGACUUCUCUUUUUCAAGGCUACUGUUUUCCAUCUCCUCGCUUAAAUACUGUAAGUACAACUUCUGCUGUGGCUCUUUAGUUACUGCCUUUGUGAAAUUCCUCUCUUGUACUGAACAGAGGGAGUUACUAGUUCAAAGUCUGUGAGGUUUGUUGUGGUCUCUGCUCCUGCUUGUGCUGUUCAAAUGGGCAUUUAGCAUUUCAGGUUUUAGUGGAUUAAAACAUGAAAUCAGAACAACUCAAAAUAUUGGUUGUUUCCUGGCUGCCGUUUUUCUACUUUGUAGGAAAUUGCCAAUGUGUCCUUCCUCUGAAUGCUGGUGCCUAGUGAAGUGGAAGAGAGAAAGAAGCAUUGCCAUCCCUACUUGUUUGCUGGAACCAGUUUUCUAAGAAUUCAAAGAAGAAAACUAAUGCAUGCUGAUAAGCACUCAAGAUGCUGAGGCAGGUAGUCCUGCUGCCUGCUGAAAUGUACCUGGCUCAGGCUUUUAGGAAGGGGUUUUAGGAACUAAGCUGGAGAGUAUCUUUCUGGCUCAGUUCCUUGGGUUCUGAAGCUAAAGUAAAGGAAUACAUGAUUAGGGACCUCAGGUGGCUGCAGCAGUGUGGUUACACAUUCAAACUAAAAAUCAUUCCAGGACCCUGAAGCCACAGCAAAAAGGCCUAUUUCAAGCCAUCCUGGUUCCUGACCCAGUUUGGUGUGACUGUGAACUUCAUGGUGUCAGCCCAACUCUGUACUCUUACAGACAUUCCACAUAAAUGUAUGAUCUAGGGAUUAUUCUCUCUUUAAUUGCAUCACUAGGAGUUGCAGAAAGGAUGUCAUUGUUGUUAGCACUUUGAAGAUAUCACAGACUAACUUUUAAUAUUGACAGUACCCAGAAAUACUUUGAGUGGAAGAGCACACUUGCAAUUCUGGCCAAAUUCCCAGUAAAAUUUGCACAGCUGCCCAAAAUGUUGCCCUUUUUUUCUGUACAAAACCUCACAUCAUUUUUGUACUUGUAUUUUACACUCCAAAUUGGAAACUGGGAAUAAGCAUGACACCAACUACUUAAAAUGGAAAUGAUUCAGGAUACCAAAAUAAGGGGCACUGUCUGAAAGUUUUGACUGUCUUUUUUUUCUUCAGACUUCUUCCUGUGCUUGUCUGUUUUGCUUGUUUUUCUGUUUAGGUUUGUUCUCCUGUUCCUCUGCACUUUAUCUUGAUAGAAAGAGCUGAUAAAAAAAAUAAAUCAGGUGUUUCAGUGCUGUUUUGUCUAAACUUGAUUCAAGGAUAUGGAAUACACAUCAUAGGAAGACUGCAUUUUUCCCAGGGGGAAUCUCUGUAUAGUAAAGAGCACAUAUUCUGUAGCAUUUGAAGUUCUUAUUAUGCCUCCUGUUUUAUUGCUCUUUCCAUCUCCAAUUCUCCAGAUACUUUCUCUGUUUUCCCUAUAUACUAGAAAUAAUAAUGCCAAAUAAUGUCAAAAUCGUACUUAAUUUUCUAAUAUAAGCCAGAAAGGAAUUUUCCCUCUUCCAUUCUUGGAAGCAACAACUGCUGAAUGAGGUCAUAACAUGCCUACACUCACCCAAUACACUGUACAAUAUUUACCAUUCUGAUUAACCAUUCCUUCAUUACCAUCUUUCUGAGUCAGACUUUCCAUGAAAGACUGGCUGUUUAUAACUGUUAUUUGUUUGCAGUAACUUAAAAUAGAACACCACUAGGACUCUCUAACAUCUGAUAUUUACCUGAUUUUGCUGACAAUCCAAGCACAGGAGAUUAAGGGAAGAAGUGCUGGUCUCAAGGAGCAGUUCUGACAUUGGCUAUGGUCACUUCAAACUUUUUGCUUUGUGUUUUCAUAUUCUAAAUGGCAUUAACGAUUUCUAGGUGCAAACCUAGCUUCCAGCAUUAGGGUUCAUUGACUGGUAUUUAUUCCACAGUUUGGAAAAAAAGUAUUUUUCUGAAUGUAUGUAUAAAUUAUCUCUUGGGGUACCCAUGAGAGUUAUGUGACAAUGAACCAUAUAACAUCAGAAUCACUGUGAUUUUAUUCACUUCUUUUCAGGUAUCUUCUUCAAGUAUGGAAUUUGUGUGGAAACGAUGGUGCUAUCUUCAGCUGGGCUGUAUGUUAUUAGUGAAUUUGGUUUAUGCCAAUCUAGAGUAUCAAAAAGAAACUCCUCCAAGCCUGCGUGAGAUUGACCAUCAGUGCUGGGAGGUAUCAUCCCAUGGGCUGGUGGAAAUAAAGAAACUCAAGGUAGCAGAUACAGUCAUUGCUCUCUGGGACUUCAUGAUGUUCCUAAAGGAAUCCCCUAAGCCCAAGCACAAUGAACUCUUCAAUGAUUUAGCCCAGAACUUCUGGGAUAUGUAUGUAGACUGUGUGCUCUCAAGAUCCCAUGGAAUGGGCAGAAGACAAUUAACAUCUCCCAAAUAUUCUUCCACGUACUCACACAGAACUUUAGGAGGAUCUGCUUUCACCAAUCCUUUUUAGGCCAAAAGGGGAGAAAAUGAAGAUACUUAAACAAGGCAACAUCAAAAUGAAGGAGCACAAAAUCACAAUAUGUAUUGUAGAUGUUUGGAUAAAUCCUUUGGCAUGGUUCAAUCCUUUUUUUUUUCUUUUCUUUUUGUAUAAAGUACUUAAUCACUCCUAAACUGAUAACUACAUGAACCCCCACACUGUCCUUUUUGUUUUCCUGUCUUGUAGACUACUAAGCUUGCCUUUUCCUCCCUCCACGUGUGAAUGUGUUCUGAGUCAACACCUUUGUUUUCUCACAUAAACUUUAAAGUCCGGAUGUGUCA